CUUCUCCUCUUCCCAUUUCUAACUACCAUAUUUCUGUUUUCUUGUUAAUUCAUCAAAAACGAAGUUUAGAACUAAUCUCAUAGAGCAAGACGAAAGAGAAGCAGAACGAGGAUUCAUUCGGCUUCUCCAUUCGUCAUUUCAAGUGAACUUUGUUCGUAUGCAGUAGCAGCUUGCUCAUAUCGUGCUAGAAAAUUGAGAUGAAUUUAUCCCGCUCAAAUUUUCCACUUUUAAAUUGGAUAGUUAUUUUGUUGCUGAAUUUUGCUUUAAUUUGUGAAGCCGAUCCUCGAAUUUCAGAAUCUGGACUAAUAUGCGGCACGAACAGGACAACACCGGCGAUCAUCAUUCCCGAAUUUGUUAAACUAAUGGAAGUUGUUUCACAACGCGUGACGGAUAACAAUUGGGGAAAUCAUUAUGUAAAUUCAACAAAUAUUUCAAUUUAUGCAUUAGCAAAUUGUUAUCAGGAUCUACCACAUCAGGAUUGUCUUCUAUGCUACGCAGCUAGUCGAACUCGACUCCCUCGUUGUCUUCCUGGUAAAUCCGGUCGAAUAUAUCUCGACGGAUGUUUUCUCCGGUACGAUCAAUACAAUUUUUUCAACGAAACUACUGAUUCAGCUGAAGAUACAGUGAACUGUAGCAGCUCAAUUGGAGUUGCUACUGGACAGGAAUUAGCCACGUUAAACGCAUCAGCUGGAAAUUUGAUUGAUGAAUUGACAAAGACAGCGGUGGCGAACGGCGGUUACGCGGCGGCGAAUUUGAACGGAGUUUAUGGAUUGGCGCAGUGUUGGAAAACUGUGAGUACAAGUGGUUGUAAAAAAUGUUUGGACAAAGCAAGUAGAGAUAUCAAAGGGUGUUUUCCGAAUAGAGAUGCUAGAGCUUUGAUUGCUGGCUGUUAUUUGAGAUAUUCUACACAAAAUUUUCUCAAUCAUCCAUCCGGGAACAGUAGCGGUGGGGUAAGCAAAGGGGUGAUAGUAGCUAUCGUUCUUGGAGUGACAGCUUUCACCAUGCUUGCUCUCUCAGCUGCGUACACAGCUCGUAAAAGAUCAUUAAGGCGAAAACGAGCACGCAUUAAUCUUGGCAAAAUAUCGAAUUCAUACAACAAGUCGAGCUUGAAUUUUAAAUAUGAAAAUCUUGAGAAGGCAACAAACUACUUUGAUCCUUCAACAAAAGUAGGUCAAGGAGGAAAUGGUUCUGUAUACAAAGGGACUCUGCCUAAUGGAAAUGUUAUUGCAGUUAAGAGACUAUUUUUCAAUACAAGACAAUGGGUUGAUGACUUCUUCAAUGAGGUUAAUCUCAUCCAUGGAAUUGAACACAAAAAUCUUGUCAAGUUGUUGGGUUGCAGCAUUGAAGGCCCCGAGAGCCUGCUAGUAUACGAGUUUGUGACCAACAAGAGUCUAGAUCAAUACCUCUUUGAUAAGGACAAGGUAAAGAUUCUAAGUUGGGAAGAACGUUUCCGUAUUAUAGUUGGAACAGCACAAGGCAUUGAUUUCCUUCAUGGAGGUUCAGAGAUCAGAAUCAUCCAUAGGGACAUCAAGAGCUCCAAUGUACUUCUUGAUGAAAAUCUUGAAGCAAAAAUUGCUGAUUUUGGACUUGCUCGGUGUUUUGGAACUGACAAAACUCAUCUCAGCACUGGAAUUGCUGGAACAUUAGGAUAUAUGGCUCCUGAAUACCUCGUAAAAGGACAGCUAACAGAGAAGGCUGAUGUCUAUAGCUAUGGGGUGCUUGUUCUUGAAAUCGUUAGUGGCAGAAAAAGUAUUGCCUUUGCAGAGGACUCUGGCUCUCUACUACAAACAGUGUGGAAGCUGUACACAACAAAUCAGGUAACUGAAGCAUUAGAUCCUCUAUUGAAAGGCGAUUUUCCGCCAGAAGAGGCAUCAAAGGUACUAAAAGUGGGGUUGUUGUGCACUCAAGCUUCUGUCGCUUUAAGACCAUCAAUGAGUGAAGUUGUCCAAAUGCUAACGUGUGAGGGCUAUCAAAUUCCAGAACCAUGCCAACCACCAUUCUUAAAUUCGAACUUAUUAGUUGGCGGUUCAGUCAAAUCCAGUAUAAGAAGUUUAGUCUCAAAUGCACUCUAUAAACUUGAUGAAUCAUCAUCUUAUGCCACCACCACUGGGUCCUCAAGUAUGCAAAGCUCAUCAACUGGACCACACAAAAGUGACGAAUUCCUUUUAAAAGAGUCUGAAAAUAGGUAAUAACUGCAAAGACAAAUAUAGAAAUGGAAUUUUUGAGAGAUUUUUGAUCAGUACAUUUUUUGUACAGUAAUAGAAUUGCUGUAGUUGUGCAUUUUUAUGAUUUUAUUUUUGCAUUUUUGGUGAGUGAUGAUACAAGAAAGUGUAGGGGUGGCAAUUUCAGCCCAUAUAAGUGAAAUGAAACCAUUUUGCCCAUAUUAAAUUAAAUG